AAAAUUAAAGUGAAAAUGAGGCUGUUGGCAGUAUUUUGCUGUCUUGACUUCAACACGGUAGAGAGUGCUAUAAUGAAAAUGUAGCUGAGUGUUUAAUAUUCUGGAAUUUCAUGACCACCAGCACUUCUUGUUGUGCAGCCAACGUAAUUAAGCUAUAUUCCAUGAGCUCCUAGAAAAGAGAAUGAAAGAAAAGAACACCAAUCUGCAGGCUGUCUGGACUGGGGCCAUGUCCUCUUUUGUCUGGGCCCACAUGAACCAGUGUCCUAAAUGCUAUUAGUGAAGACAUAGUCCAGAGGGAGGUGUAAAGCUACAGCUCAAAGAAAAUGAACGGCACCCUAGACCACCCAGACCAACCGGAUCUUGAUGCUAUCAAGAUGUUUGUGGGCCAGGUCCCAAGGACUUGGUCUGAGAAGGACUUGAGGGAACUCUUCGAACAGUAUGGUGCUGUCUAUGAAAUCAAUGUCCUAAGGGAUAGGAGCCAAAACCCUCCUCAGAGCAAAGGGUGCUGUUUUGUUACCUUUUACACCCGUAAAGCCGCGUUAGAAGCGCAGAAUGCUCUUCACAACAUGAAGGUCCUCCCAGGGAUGCAUCAUCCUAUACAAAUGAAACCUGCUGACAGCGAGAAGAACAAUGCAGUGGAAGACAGGAAGCUGUUUAUUGGUAUGAUUUCCAAGAAGUGCACUGAAAAUGACAUCCGAGUCAUGUUCUCUUCAUUUGGACAGAUUGAAGAGUGCCGGAUAUUGCGGGGACCUGAUGGCCUGAGCCGAGGUUGUGCGUUUGUGACUUUUACAACAAGAGCUAUGGCCCAGACAGCUAUCAAGGCAAUGCAUCAGGCACAGACCAUGGAGGGAUGCUCAUCCCCCAUGGUGGUAAAAUUUGCUGAUACACAGAAGGACAAAGAACAGAAGAGAAUGGCCCAGCAGCUCCAGCAGCAGAUGCAGCAAAUCAGUGCAGCAUCUGUGUGGGGAAACCUUGCUGGUCUAAAUACUCUUGGACCCCAGUAUUUAGCACUUUAUUUGCAGCUCCUUCAGCAGACUGCCUCCUCUGGGAACCUCAACACCCUGAGCAGCCUCCACCCAAUGGGAGGGUUAAAUGCAAUGCAGUUACAGAAUUUGGCUGCACUAGCUGCUGCAGCUAGUGCAGCUCAGAACACGCCAAGUGGUACCAAUGCCCUCACUACAUCCAGCAGCCCCCUCAGCGUACUCACCAGUUCAGCAGGAUCCUCACCUAGCUCCAGUAGCAGCAACUCGGUCAACCCCAUAGCCUCCCUUGGAGCCCUGCAGACAUUAGCUGGAGCAACGGCUGGCCUCAAUGUUGGCUCUUUGGCAGGGAUGGCUGCAUUAAAUGGUGGCCUGGGCAGCAGCGGCCUUUCCAAUGGCACUGGGAGCACAAUGGAGGCCCUCACUCAGGCCUACUCGGGGAUUCAGCAAUAUGCUGCUGCGGCGCUCCCCACUCUGUACAACCAGAAUCUGUUGACACAGCAGAGUAUUGGUGCUGCUGGAAGCCAGAAGGAAGGUCCAGAGGGAGCCAACUUGUUCAUCUACCACCUGCCCCAGGAAUUUGGAGAUCAGGACUUGCUGCAGAUGUUCAUGCCCUUUGGGAAUGUCGUGUCUGCCAAGGUUUUUAUAGACAAGCAGACAAACCUGAGCAAGUGUUUUGGUUUUGUAAGUUACGACAAUCCUGUUUCGGCUCAAGCUGCCAUCCAGUCUAUGAAUGGCUUUCAGAUUGGCAUGAAGCGGCUUAAAGUGCAGCUCAAACGUUCGAAGAAUGACAGCAAGCCCUACUGAGCGUGCUCCCCUCUGAGACUGGAGUGAGAGGGUCUUCUGGUAAGUGGGGGAGGAGCACCCUUAAUGAUUCGAAGCUCUAAGGCUGUGUGUUUACAGCCCUGGACCCUGAUCCCUGCCACUCUCGCAGGCACAGCUUGCCCUGAAGACUCAGCUACUGCCUUCUGUGGGAGUUUCGCUUCGUACAGAGGACAAGUUUGUGCUUUGGUUUCCAGUGUUUUACUUUGGAGUUUAGGUGCCAUAUACUGAGGUUUUUUUUUUGUUUGUUUUCCCCCCUCCCUUUAUUUAAAGUUUGCUGUGUUUGUAAACAGUGUGUGUUGAGAAGGACCAACACCAAACCAACCUGGGGGAAGGGGAAUGGGGAAACAUAAAAAAAAAUAAGAAGAAGAAAAAGAAAAGAUCAGAAUUUACCCCAGACUACACCAAGAGAGGACUAAAUGGAACAAAAAACUGACCCCCCAGAAUUUCCCUGAGUGUGAGUGGACAAAAAUGAGAACUGGCAUCCAAGAGCUGAGGUGGGGAACUGGUGGGGGUGGGUGUCAAGUUGGGUUGGCUUUGGGGAAGUGUGGGGGUAAUGGACUGACACCAAGCAGCCUUGAGCUAGAGGCUGAAACUCCUCCACAUAACUGCCUCCUCUGGAAACACUGAGCUUUGGCCUGUUUUUCAGAUUCUUGUCCUGGAUUUCUGUCCCUCUUUCCCAAGAAGGGGCUAGUAAUUCUCUGGGGAUAAAGCACCUGUUGAGUUAGCCUUACAUAUGCACAGAGCAGUAAGACAUUACCCAUUACCAGCUUUCCCAGCCAGCCAUUGGUAUUGGAUUGGCUGUGCCUGGCCAGAGGCUGUUGGGAGGAGCAGCCUGUUAGAGAAGUCAUUCAUGGUCAGUUUAUUUCAACCCUGAGUUGUAGGCUGUGGCCCAUUUCCAACAGGUUCGUUUAAGGAAGGCCUCUCCUAAAGACACAGCCUGAUUUCUUACCUUUCAGUUCACCACAGCAGGCAGCAUCAUUUCCACCCCAAGCCACAAUUUUUUCAUGAGGGCAGAUCUAAGAAGGGCUUGCAAUAAUAUCCCCUGAGCAGAGUAAUCAAACCAUCUAAAAGUAGGGGGGGGGGGGUGCCUGCUUCUUGGUUAACCCAAAUUAGAAGGCCCCUUUUAGCCAGAGUUCCACAGUUUCCAGUGGCCAGCACUUAAUAUUUAAGAGGAUUAAGAAAUCCAUACUUGCCUUCUUGAUUAAAACAGCCCAGAUGUAAUAUUUGCACAGAGGCAUGGCAGACCCCUCUUCUAACCACUUUAGCCCCCAUCUUCUGCUGUUGGGCAGAGGGAGACGAGGACAUUUACAGCCUUGGUAUGGAUUUAGUGUUCAUUUACCUCAGUAUUACUGUAUCCAGUUUUGUCCUCAUGCUUACAGUUAGUUUCCUGUUGCCUCCCACUGGCCUCAUUCCAGCUCUAGCCUGUGACCCACACAGCCUUUGGGCUCUAAGAAUUGCUAUGGGGUUGGAGAGCCAGGAAGGAUGUGCUGGUGGGAAUGUACACCUGGGCAGAGGUAGCCCUGUUAGAAUGUGACCAUCAGCCAAGGCCAGGGACUCGGUAAAACAUCAGUCCUGACCCUUAGCAGCAGAGAUGAGAACAAAGGAGUUGUUUGACUAUUAAGUCAGAUGGGGGUCCUCUUCUUGUCAUGCUAGCCAUUUGGUUAUCAGACAGGGAUAGACUGUCUUCUGUUGAACAGGUAGUUGGUGGUGUUGGAUUAUGCCUGUUGAAGCUGAGACAGCUGUUCCCUUCUCAUAGUGAUAACUUGGGUCUGUUGUCCUCUAAGAAACCUAAAAUAUACUUAAGCUGAACUGUGUAAACUUGAAUUCUGCACACUGGGAGAAAUGUGUCCUGUGUUUCAAAGGAUAAAACUGUUCCAAAGGCUUCCAGGGUCAUGAUGGGAUUUUUUAAAUAAAUGCAAAAAAUAAAAAGAAAAAAGAAAAAAAGAAAACAAAAAAAAAAAAAAGAAAAAAAUGCUAGGUUGGGGAGGCGCUGUUCUGAAUCCCAACCGGCUGGAACCAAGAAUGUUGUUUCUAUUUUUAUAGAAGUUUUAUACAGCUCCGGGGUGGAGAAUAUUUAUUACCUAAAUUAUAUCUCUGGAAAAGGCCAGGAUUUUGUAGACUCCAGAAUGUGAUUGUUGUACACACAGGGUGCUGUGUAUGAUUGAAACUACUGACUUUCUGUGGCCCGUUUGCAGCCCAGCUAAUCCGCCAGAAGGGGAAGGAGUUAAUGCUGUGAAUAGGGGAAGGAGUUAAUGCUGUGAAUUGGCGGAGGAGAGAGCUGUGCUCCCCGGGUACUGCCCAUGCUGUGAUUGCUAACCAUCGGGUGGUUAGCCAAAGCCCAGAGUCUGCUUCCUUCCCAUUUCCUCCCUUUUCUCUCCCCCUCCCCAUUUCACCAUUAUUUAACCUGGGCUCUGGGCCCUUAGGAAGGCCCCCUUUCAUGAGGACAUAAAAGGCAAGGUGUGAUCAGCCCACCUUUGAUACCAGACUGAGGUUUCAUACCUGCUUGUGGGUUCUCUUUUCAAAAGGAGUGUGCACCACAGCAGGGUCCUGGGCAGCUACAGCAGCCAGCUGGUGAGACCAAGCACCUCUCUGUCGUCUUCCCUCCCCUGCCCGGUGAGCUUGCAUGGCAGCAGCAGCACUGUCCUCGAGCACAGUUCUCUCCCCAGGCCAAAGAUGGUUUUGUGAAAAAGCUGCUCCCCUACAAGCCUCACAGUGUGAAAGGGCUCAGCUCAGAGAGUGGAGACUCACAGUCAAGUCUUAAGCAGUCCUUUUCUGUUGUGUGGGAUUUUUCACUUACAAUGUGUUUUUUUGCCGUAGUUUUGUUUCUUACUUGGAUUACAUCAUGAAAUUGAUUUGUCUUGAAUGCAGCCACACCACUGUCUCCUGGGUUCCACGUUAGUGGCCAGGGCCUGCAUGGAGGCUAAGAGCUUGGAUUUCUGGGAACUAAGAGCCAUCCCCAGAGAGUUGAGGAGAACUCCUGACCCUCUCCCCUAGGAAAUUCUCCCUGCCCCCCAGCCAGCAUCUUCCACUUUCUCCCUGGGCCUUAACCAGGAAGAGGGGAAGAGCUGAGGCUUGCUCCGCCAGAGGCCUUCUCAUGUGUUCCGGGCACUUCAGGGGAAAUCCAAGCCUUAGGUUCGGUUGUGUCUCUGGCAGUUGGAUGUUUUCUUGAUGUCCUCCAUGUCCUUUUUUACUUUUCCCUGUAUCCAUUGUUAGCAUGUGCAAAAGUUCCCUGUCAUUACCCAGCCCCGCCCGCCCUGCCUCCUCAUUUCAGGGCUGUACACACAGUGAGUGUUCCUGUUCUCUCUCUCUGUUUGGAUGUAUUGCUCUGUGUAACUCAGUGGGUCUCCCUCUUUCUGGUUUGUUUUUUUUUCUAGAUUCCUGCCGUUUGUUCAUCGUUGUGCCUAAAGCAUGUCGAUGUGGCGUCAAGUACAUCGUCCAAAUCCCUGUCUCUUCAGCUUCUCUGAUGCUUGAACUCUCACCUUUGACCUUGUGUUGACCUUUGAUGCUGACGUGUAUUUUUAUUAUGUUUGUUCCUUUGUUUGUUUUUUCUUUUUUCUUUCCUUUUUUUUUUUUCUUUUGUGCUGCCAAAUUGGUUUUGCUAGAACGACUGCUGAAGGGGAAAUAUUUAAACUUGCAUUUGAAUAUUAAAAAAAUCUAUUUUUCUAGAACUUCAUAAGAUAACCACUUGAUUUUGUGAUUCCAAUUCUUUGUAAUUGUCUUCAGAGCAGCCCUACUAGCACAUACCUUGUGGUGUUUGUAUUUCUGUGAACACACAGCCAGUCCGUUUCUAGGCUUUGUUUCUCUGUGUGCUUAGUUUUAAAGACAACUUUGAAGUAAACAAUGAAAUAAAAGAUGUCACUAAAACCUUUGAGGCUCCUGAGCACAUUUUGCUGAUAUAGUUUGUGGGGCUUGAGGAGACUGCAUGUAUUAUUCUUAUUUUUUGUUUUUCUGAAUUCUCAACUGCAGAAAAUACCUGAACCCCUUUCCCUUUUGACCACAGGCUACAAUUUGGGCCCCAGCCAACCCUUUUUCUUUUGUGGUUCUUCCCUGUAGUGGCCCUAUGGGGAACCUUUGGAUCCCUCUUGCCCCCUUCCCCUUGGCCCCUCCAUGCCCACUGCCAUGCUUAUUCCUUCAGUCUCCACAGCAAAAUGUGAUGCUUUGAUUUUUUGUUUUUGUUUUUGUGUUCUGAAUUUUUUCCUUUCCUACUAAGAUUAUGCCCAGAAAAACAAGUUUUGCAUGUUUCCUGUUUCUUCACACCUUCGUAUAUAUCACCUUCACCUCUGUUUUCUAUAGUUUGUGCAAAAACUGACCGAUUUAAGGGGUUUCAAAGAAGCUGUUUUAAAUUGUUGUGGGGUUAUUUUUUUCCAAGAUUGUAUUGUCUUAUUUUGAAGUGGCAACUUUUUCUCCUCUCUUGCCCGUAGAGCGUUUGCCUGUGCACUUAGACUGUCACCUCGCGUGGCCUCCAGGCCUCAGCAGGGCCUCCAGGUAGCUAGCCGCUCAGCUCAGAGAGGGCUAGGAAGGGGGCACGGAGAGGCCCGGGGAGCAUAGGGAGGGACCCAGAAGGUGGCUGCGGGUGGGCAAAAGAGGCUUAUCAUGUUGGGAGGAGUGCGCAUCCCUUGUCCCAGAGGAAGUAGGGUGCUCCCAGCCACUCACAGGAGGCCGCCUGGGCGCUCAGUGGCAGUUCACUUGCCGACGCUUGCCUGGGUGACAAGCACAAUACUACCGUAGUCUUCACACUGUUUACAGCCCUGGACACCAACCACCUCACCCCACACUGGCUCUUCACCGCUGCUUUGCUCUUGCUUAGCUGGUGGGGUGGGGAUUUGUUGUUUUUUUUUUUUAAUUGGGUGAAGAGCCAAAUAGCUACUGUCCCUGGGUGCCAGGCCAGCCCAUUCCUUGGUUCCCUGAUGGGAACUUGCCCUCCUCUCCUGUGGCGCCAUUCAGCCUCAGGGUCUUCAGGAUUUGAAUAAGAAUGUGAAGGUCAGGGGAGAGAGGCCAGAGGAGACCAGAGUCACGGGAUGGAUCUGUGGAGGUAAGAGGUUGCAGAGGGAGGAGUUGAUGGCGGAUCUCACCCAGGCUGCUAGUGGGUGGGAGCGCUGGGCAGAUGCCCUGAGAGAGUCCAGGGAAGGGCGGAGAGGUGUAGCCGAGGGCCUAGGGGGUAGGGGAAGGGCGUAGAAGCACUGUUGAGUGUCACGCAUGAUGGGGUUGGUGAAGGAAGGGAUCCUGUCAGAGUUUCUGCUCUGGGACCCAGCAGGUUGCCUAGUAUUACACUUGAGGCCACCCUUGCUGAACAGAGGCCUGGGUAUGGUAGGCUGCCUCGUUUCCUGGAAAGGGUGAUUGGAUGGGAGAAGGCCAAGGAACCCCAGGCUGAGUGAGACUGCUGGGCGCCCCACAGUCUGACUGCACAGAGCCGCCUCUGUGGGCAGAAGGCGCUGAGGCUCCCCUUCCUGUGUAUUGAAAAUCCGUGUUUGCCAAUCUAUUUUGCUUUCAAUUCCAAGAGGAGCUCUGGGAAAACCUGUGGAUUAAACCAAAUGCCAAACUUUGGAUGUUGUUUCCUUAUCCUUUUCUCUCUCUGAUUGUUUUAAUUGUUCUGUGGUGGUUUUAAUGGAUUUGAGACCCUGGAGCGGCAGCUGCCUUUCUGAUUUCCAGCUGCUUUUUGUGAAUAAUUUAAAAACAAAAAAAAAAAAGAAACUUUACAUUUUGGAGACAAACCUGUGUGAGUUUUUUAUUGGUACAAACGUUGUAUUUAACACUAGGGGUUUUGUACAGUUUUUUGCCUUUUCUACUAGAAAACAAUGUAAAGUGAUUUCACAAUGUGAAGAGAAAAAAAUUGCCACUGUGACCAAACGCACAGUCUGUUCUGCAGCAGCAACGGGAUUCAAUCAACUCAGAGUCGUGAUUCAGCCGGAGAAAUGCUUCCUUUUGCCUUGUUUGAGCUUUUCCUUUCUUUCCUGUUUUUAUUUGCAAAAGAAAAUGUCUUUUUUGUGUGAACUUGUGUUGUACUCUGUAGAAAAUUAUGGAUUUUACUUUAAUGAUUAAAAAAGGAAAAAAAAAAAAAAAAAAGGACAAGAAGAGCCCUUGUCGCUUUUCUGACCUGAUCACCGAGUUUGUGUAGUGGAUUAAAAAAGAAAAAAAAAAUUGUUACAAGUUUGGAGCAAGGGAGUAUGUGUUUAAAAGGAAUCUUCCUUUUUUGUGUGUUUUUCCUUUUGUCCCGAUAGGGAACCUAGAUCUGUUUUAAUUGCACAGACACAUGGACAAAAAGUCAUUUUGUAUCUGCCAAGUGUGGUACCUUCCUUUGUUUAUUUGCUAUUAAAUUGUUUGAGAAGAA